CACAAUUCGCAAUACGAUUAUUACGAGCGCUCAGACCUGGCGGCCGGAGGAGGCGGUACUGCCGGCACUGCCAACGCCGCCGACUGCAUGGAAGUGACCCAAACCUGUACUCCGGAAGGCAUGGAGUUUAGUUUGCGUACAUCUGAGGCCUUUUACGGCCGUAUCUAUACCUAUGGUUUCUAUGAUUCGUGUUUUUUCGAUGGCAACGGAGGCACCACUAGUGUCCUUAGGAUCAGUCGCACGAAUGGCUUUCCCCGGUGUGGGACUCAACAGUACGGCGACGCCAUGACCAACAUUGUUGUCGUUCAGUUCAAUGAUUACGUGCAGACCAGUCGUGACAAGAAGUAUAAUUUGACGUGUUUUUUCUCAGGACCCGGAGAAGCGGUCGUCACUUCUAACUAUUUGGAUACUAAAACUGAUGGGCGACACCCGACACAGAUCGAGCACUUGCCCGCACAGAACAUACUCACCUCUAAUGUGGUGCUCAGAGUUUUAUACAGAGGAACGCCGACCAACACUAUAGUUGUGGGCGAUCUCUUGACUUUCCUGUUGGUCGGCGUUCCUCUGUAUAAAACUCUGAGCACCACAUUAGAGGUGAAAGUGACGACCGCUUCUCCGGGUCCUGAGAAAAAACACAUUAUACUUCUUGUCACGACUGGUCUGUACGUAAUCAUUGAACUGAACGACAACAAUGUUGGUCAUGGCGUCGCCGUACUGUUGAGUCCCACACCUGGGAAAGCCAUUCGUGCGACUGAUCCUAAGGACACUAGUGGUGCCUCCGUUGCCAUCGAAAAAACACGAAUCAUAGAAACCGUAGGUAUAGAUACGGCCGUAAAAGGCCUCAGAUGUACGCAAACUAAACUCCAUGCCUUCCGGAGUACAGGUUUGGGUCACUUCCAUACAGUCGGCUGCGUUGGCAGUGCCGGCAGUACCGCCUCCUCCGGCCGCCAGGCGCGCUCGCAGUCCUCUAUUCUGUCGGCGCGAACCACUUUAAACACUCGUGAACUAAAACCAAUUCUUGAAAAGCGAGCCGAGACGGGAGCGCCCGGAGGAGUCGAUGCGCCCGAAGAGUAUUUGCAUAGAUCUGUGCCCUUUUGGGGCGGAUAUGGGGCUGGGAUUGAAUUAUCCACUCGAACCCACACUAUAAGGGAUGCCAUAAGUGGGCGGAUUGUGUGGCGGUUGGACUAUAGGCGGUUGCCCUCCACCAGUGCCACCACUCGUACCCCCACUUGUGCUGAUUGGAUAACUAGACUGGCCAUUCCAGGAGCCAUUCCCGGAGCCAUUCCCGGACUCAUUCCCGGAGCCCCGCUAUGA